AUGCCCACCCUUUUGUUCCCUCCUAUCCCUCCUCCCAGCAUCCCCCCCUCCACCUCGACCUCGACCAGCUCCUCUCCAGAAAAGGCAAAAAACCCAGCAAGUCUCGACGCCCUCCUCACCGUCCUCGGCUCCAUGCUAAUCUUCUACGCCUCCUUCGGCCUCAUGAGCAGCUUCGGCUUCUUCCAAGACUACUAUUCGCGCUCCUUCCUCGCUUCAAGCCCUUCCUCAAGCAUAGCUUUUAUAGGGACCCUGCAGAUGGGGUUGACGAAUGCCAUGGGAGCGCUGUCGGGGGCGCUUUGUGAUCGGUUUGGUGUAAAGUGGUUACUUCUAGGUUCCGGGUUCGGAAUUACAGUGGCGUUAUUGAUGCUUUCGUUCGUCCAACCUGGACAAUUCUGGCUUGUGUUUCUGAUACAAGGGUUUUUGAUGGGUUUGUCGAUUUCGUUUGGAGUGCAGCCUGCACUUACGGUUGUAGGGCAGCAUUUUAAAGAGCACAGGGGGUUGACGUUGGGGGUUGUGUCGAUGGGGUCGGCGGUUGGGGGGAUUGGGUUUCCGGUUAUGCUGGGCCAGGUGAUGCCUAGAUGGGGGUUUGGCGGUGCGCUGAGGUUGGCGGCUGCGAAGGUUGUGGUUUGUUACUCGAUUGCGCUGUGCUUGUGCACUAGCAAGCCUGUUCGCAGUUCGAACUGCAAGGAUCGCACUUUUCGUGUGGACUUUGGUGGGUUUUUGGAUCCUCGGUAUGCGGUUCUCUGCGUAGGGACGUGGUUUGCUAUCCUCGGUCUUUGGCUUCCUGCCUAUUAUGUCAAAACUUACGCUGAUAAUAUACACCCUGGGAACAAUGUUAGUAAAUAUUUCCUUUGUAUGAUGAACGGCUGCAGCAUGCUCGGUGGAACAUUGGGCGGUCUCCUAGGCGACCGCAUAGGCCGAUUCAAUCUCCUCUGGCCCGUCACAUUCCUCUCAGGUUGCCUCUGCCUCUUCCUCUGGCUCCUAAGCACCAACCUCUCCACGCUAAUCUUCUUCGUCUGCGCAUACGGCUUCUUUUCCAGCAGUGUAAACACACUCCCGACCUCGAUCAUCGGACAAAUUACUCCAGACGACAAGUUUGGCGCGAGGACCGGAGCGUUCUACAGCGUCAUCACCAUCUCGAGUCUUAUUGGGACGCCGAUCGGCGGCGCACUUAUUGUAGACGAGCAUGUUAGGGAGGGGUAUCGGUGGUUGAUUUUGUUCUCGGGAACUGCACUCAUUGUCGGAUCCAUAUUUAUGCUCGGCAGCCGUAUGCUGCAUGGCAAGGACUCGCGCAGGAGACGAGAACUGGAGAUAUCCUAG